AAAAAAAAAAAGUCAAUUAGGAAUGUGAUUACUUGUGUUAUAAUGCCCUCUAGCGGCCGCUUCCUGCAUCGCCUCCAUCUACCAAAGUUUGCAGAUGCCGACAGAUGUGCCCGAAGACAGCGAGGAGAAUGCGGCCACGUGUGACAAUAUGACUCUGCCCAGCACUCCAACCGUUCGCAGAGGAAGCACUCCUCUGCCAAUUAAGCACCAGCUCAGGCGAGAAGAAGCCGUCCACGAUGAAUGCGACUGGACGUCAGGUGCGGCCGGGCCUUCGGUGUCCCCCAACAGUUUCAGCCCUGCCUUGGAUGAUACUCCAACCGUGACUGUGGAGGGCAGACCUGACGGGCCACUAAGGAUUGCUCUCCUGGGGCAGAAUGGCGUCGGGAAGUCCUCUCUGGCCCUGGCCCUCGCGGGAGACAUGGACAGGACUGCGUCUGUGGAUUCUGAUGGGGAGGGUUAUGUGCACACAGUUACCGUGGAUGAUGAGGAGAGCACCAUCAUUAUCUAUGACAACUGGAGACAGGACCUGUCGGCUCUGCAGUGUGAGGUGUGCGUCUUGGUGUUUUCGGUGACUGACAGGCGUAGCUUCCACCGUACCGCCCAACUUCGGCUUCUCCUGAGAGAGACUCAGCCCCAGACUCCAAUAAUCCUCGUUGGUAAUAAGAGUGACCUCGUUCGUACGCGCGAGGUCACCUCUCAAGAGGCCAUGUCUAGCGCUGCCCUUUUCAACUGUCUGUAUCUGGAGAUCUCCGCCUCUCUGGAUCACCGUACCGUGGAGCUCCUGGAGUGCGCGGUGCGACUAGCCAGGGGCCAGUCUCCCUGGCCUCCGGGGACAAGCGCUGAGGACAUGAGCGGAGGAGGGCAACGUGAAAGCAUCACAUCUCGUGCCAAACGUUUCCUGUCCAGUCUGGUGCCUCGGUACCCUCGAGAGCGAGAGGUGGGGAAGUUCCUGAGGCAGAAGUCCCGCUCCUGCCACGAUCUGGGGGCGCUGUGAUGGUGCCCCAUGGGGCCCACGUGGUUAGAUUAUUAACAGGGAUAGCUGGAAGGGAUGUAUUAUACCAACAAAGAGAAGAAGAUGUAGUGAUGCAAAUGAGUAGACAAGACAGGAGGAGUUGAGUGACUAAGAAAAUGUGAAGGAAACAGUGAUAACAGGACAAUGUUUUGAGGCUCACCCAUCAGAGGAUGAUUGUUGAUAGGAUGAUAUAGAAACUCUGUACACAGAAAAGGAGAUGAUAAAAUACCGUUGUAGAAACAUGUAAAUAAACUGUAGUA